AUGCUUAUAAUGGGAGAUAUUAAUAGAGUGAAGAUAUAUACACUUUCUGAACUGGAAAAGAAGGAGAAAUUAGAGCUUGUUUUGGCAAAUGAAUUUGACAUAUUUGCUAUGACAGGAUUAGAUGCCAAAGAUAAACCAUUUUAUAAAUCAUGCAUAAAAGAAGUCAUGAAGAAGAACCCAAGUGCGUACAACCACAAGUGCAACUGUCCAAUCCAGAAAUUUAAACAAGUCAGAUAUAUUGCAGCAAAAGAUGUCAUAGCCUACAGAAGUGGAAAGUGCAACUUAGAUUCAGCACAAAUUGGAUACAUUAUGCCCAGGAAUUCUGCCUUUGGGAGUGACUUCAGAGACCUUCUUCUACUAGCCAGACAAAUUCUCAUUUCCAGGAAGGAAUCAAUUUCCAUGCCAUUUGAGUUCUUUACAACCUGGAUUGGCUUGAAUAUUGGAAUUGUCAUUCUUUUGUACAUUGAAAGGUACCUUAUAUAA